CUCCUCCGCAUUUCCUCUAGGGUUUAGAGAGAGUCAGAGCUUCAAACGGCGAGAAGAUGGUGAAGUUUCUGAAGCCAAACAAGGCGGUGAUCAUCCUCCAAGGCCGUUAUGCUGGUCGCAAGGCGGUGAUCAUCAAGUCCUUCGAUGAGGGAACACGCGAUCGACCCUACGGCCACUGCUUGGUUGCAGGGAUAAAGAAAUACCCAAGCAAGGUUAUCAAAAAGGACUCUGCCAAGAAGACGGCCAAGAAGUCCCGCGUUAAGUGCUUCGUUAAGCUCGUCAACUACCAGCACUUGAUGCCCACCCGCUACACUCUCGAUGUCGACCUCAAGGACGUUGUAUCCGUCGACGCAUUGCAGAGCAAGGAGAAGAAGGUUGCGGCUUGCAAGGACACUAAGGCGAGGUUCGAGGAGAGGUUCAAGACGGGCAAGAAUAGGUGGUUCUUUACCAAGCUCAGGUUUUGAGCUUUAUACUAAGGGGUUCAGUUCGUAGAAUUUUCUUGGUUUCUUUUGCUUAAAUUUUACUUUUAUGAAAUGGGUAUGUUUUGCUUUUGAGACUUGUCAAGUGGUUAUUGCGAAUUUGAUGAACUUUUUCAGAUCUAUUGGGACGAGUUAUUUAUCAGCAUAUACAAUCUUAGUAUCUUUUUAUGGA